GGAAAGUGGAAAGUGGAAAAGGAAGGGAGUUUUUUUUUUCCCGAGUAAUUCAUUUCACAUAAAUAUCAUAGCUGGGUUGUAACUUGUAACGUUUGUUAUAUUAAUUAGGAAAAGUGAAGAGUGAAGACGCCUGACUCUAAUAGGUAAGCUAGCUAACUAGGCCGACGGACGAGGGGAGAGGGAGAGGGAGAGGGAGAGAGAGAGAGAUGGUAAUAGCCAGUGAAGAUGGGAAGGGGUUAGUAAUGGGGAUACCUCCCUUCUCUUCCAGAGCCGCUCACUUCGUGCUGCUGCAUGGCAUCGGAGGCGGUGCCUGGUGCUGGUAUAAACUCCGGUGUCUCAUGGAGAGUUCCGGUUACAAGGUAACGUGCAUCGACCUCAAGAGCGCCGGCAUCGAUCCUUCUGAUCCCGAUUCAAUUCUUUCGUUCGACCAAUACAAUCAGCCACUCGUCGACUUCUUGUCUCACUUGCCGCAGGACCAAAAGGUAAUAUUGGUGGGACACAGUGCGGGAGGACUGAGCGUGACGGAUGCGAUUUAUAAGUUUCCGAAGAAAAUAGGGAUGGCGAUCUACAUAGGAGCAACGAUGCUUCGGUGGGGGUUCCAGACGGACCAGGAUAUCAAAGAUGGGGCUCCAGAUCUUUCGGAGUUUGGAGACGUGUAUGAAUUUGGAUAUGGAUUGGGAAGGGAUCAUCCUCCCACCAGCGCCAUUAUAAAGAAAGAGUAUCAGCGCAAGAUCAUCUAUCACAUGAGCCCUCAAGAGGACUCCACUCUGGCAUUAAUGCUUCUGAAGCCAGGACCGCUUCUGGCAUUACUAGGAGCACGGCUAAUUGAAGGAAUAGGUGCCGAUGAUAUCACUCGAGUUUACAUAAAGACAAUGCACGAUCAGGUCAUCAAGCCCCAGCAGCAAGAAGCCAUGAUACAAAAGUGGCCGCCCUCUACCGUGUACACGUUGGAGAGUGACCACAGCCCUUUUUUCUCUUCUCCUUUCAUGCUAUUCACUUUGCUGCUCAAAGCCGCUGCUUCAGCAAACUGCAUUUAGACUCUACCUAUGACGUACCUAUGUUUCUCAGCUUGCUUCUUCAUCUCCAUUCUCCAUUCUUCAUUCCACACGCAUCAACCAACCUUUAUAUCAAUAUUUAUGUAUUUUUUACAAAUAAAAUUUUAGAUUUUA